CUUAAGGUCUGUCCCGUUUUCUCUGCAUUUCCAGGUGAUGGCACCAACGCGGAUGAAACUGCGCGUGCGUCGCCGUGACCACGCAGCCGAAGGUGCCGGCGCCGCUGCAGAAGGCGGUGUUUGGCAGGUCGUGGAGGAGGAGGCGAGCAGAGAGAGCCGGGGUCGAGGCGGCAGGAGGAAAAACAACGGCAGCGCUGCACCUCCAGCUGCUGCCACCUCCUCCUCGUCUCCUCCCGCCACCGCCGCCUCCUCCUCCGCCUCGGCCUCGGCGCGGGCGGUGAUGGCGGCGGAGGAGGCGUCGCCCGACUCAAAGUGUCCGAUCUGUCUGGAUCGCUUCAACAACCUGGCGUACCUGGACCGCUGCCUCCAUCGCUUCUGCUUCCCGUGCAUCCAGGAGUGGUCGCACAACAAGGCUGAGUGUCCGCUCUGCAAGCAGCCCUUCACCUCCAUCCUGCACUCGGUCCUCGCCGAGGACGAUUUCAAGGAGUACACGCCGCGCCCGGCGCCCGCCAACAGCAGCGUCGCCGCCACUGUCGCCAUGGUAGCAGCCAUGGCUUCAGCUGCACGGAACGCCCACCAGGAUUGGCUGAUGUUGAGGAGGCACCGAGGGGCGGACGGAGGAGAGGCGACCACGAGGAGGCGGAGGAGAGAGAGGGGAGGGGCGGGGGUGUGGGAGUGGUACCUCGACUCUCCUCCUCUCGCCCCUCUUCCUCACCCCGCCGCCGCCGCCGUCUCUCCGGUGGUUGCCGAGGACAGCGAGGAGGGGGAGGAGCCGGAGGAGCAAAGGAGGAGAGGCAGGGGCGACCUCUCAGAGCGUGGUGUGAUAUUCGAGGGGCUGACAGGACUCGGGGGGGCGGCGGCUCCGUUAGCGCCGACUGAUCGGGCGUCACGCCAGCUGAUGACUCGCUUGGCGGCGAGGCAGCGCCUGCAGCGAGAAGGCGGGACCGUGCGGCGGCUGAGGGAGAGAGAGACUGUUGCUUUCCGUCGGGCGCUUUACCGCUGCAGCAUACGGGUCCGCGGCGUAGCGGGGGUCAACGGUAACCAGGGGCAACAGCAGCGUGACAUCACAGCCGAGAGCUUCCGGAGACACCCCGUCCAUCUGAAUAGGCUCCGCCCCUGGCUGCGGCGGGAGCUGACGGUGCUGUACGGAGCGCACGGAUCACUGGUGGAUAUCGUCCAACGCAUCAUCAUGGCGAGACUCGCCCGCCACGGCCUGGAGGACACGCCCACCAUAGAAGAAGAGCUGCGUCCCUUCCUGUUGGCCCGCACGGAUCACUUCCUGCACGAGCUGGUCAGCUUCGCACGCUCGCCGCUCAGCCUGGAACACUACGACCUGCAGGCGGCGUAUGAGCCGCCGGAGGCCACGUUAGAGCUCGACGGAACGAGCAGCUCCUCGGACAGCAGCUCCGUCAUCGCCAUCUCGGAGGGCGAGGAGGAAGAGGAGGGGCAGGCGGGAGGAAGGGCGGAGGGAGACGCCCACGAUGAUGUCAUCCAAACAGGAAGCUGCCUCAGCCUGUCGGCGUGGGACGACGAGACGCCGGGCCCCUCCUACUCCACCGCCGAGCCAUCCUGUUCGCUCUCCUCGCUGUCGUUCAGCCCCGCCCCCCAGGAAGCGGCCAAUGAUGAGGGAGGAGAGAAGCGGGAGGGGGAAGUGGAGGAGUGUCUGAUCGUCGGGUACAAGAAGCCGAUAGCGGAGCGGACGCCGGAGCUGGUGCAGCUCUCGUCUGACACGGAGGACGAGGAGAUGAAGAAGGAGACCAAAGAGGAGCAUCCUCCCCUCACCUCCUUGACUCCUCCCCUCACCUCCUUGACUCCUCCCCUCCCCUACUUACCCACAAUCCCUCCCUCCUCGUCAGUGACCUGCGGAGACGAGCAGGAGGACAGGCUGAAGGAUGGCGAGGCGGGGAGGCUUCGCUCGUGGUCGGGCAGCUCGGAGAGGAGCAGAAACUCUGUGUGCUCGCUCAGCCCCGCCACGCCCGGAGAUGGCGAGCGGCGGCGGGAGAAAGACGGGAAGCGGAAAGGAAGCGAGGAGGCGAGGGAGAAGAGAAGGAGAAAGAGAAGAAAAACGACAUCAGGGAGGGAGGGGCGGAGGAAAAGCGGGACCCUCUACAACCCGAACCGUUCCAUUUAUCCCGCCUUGAUGCGUCAGCCCUCGCGCUCGCCCUCGCCGUUUCACUCGAGCGCCGACUCCAGCUCGCCACUCAGCCCGCCAGACUCCACCUGGAGCUAUCACUGCUCCCAGGUGUCCCCUCUGACCUCCUCCAUCUCUUCACCCUCCUCCUCCUCUUCCUCCUCGCCACCGCUCUCCUCACAGACGCCGCUGACCCCCUCCCUCGCUCACCACGGGGAGAAACCCGGCGGGAAGAGGAAGUACAAAAGCCGACACCUGGACAGCGACGACAAGGACCCCACGUGGAGGCCGAGCAGCGGCGGCCCGUGCAGCGAGAAGAGGAGGGAGCGCCGCGAGAAGGAGAGGACACGGAGAGGGAGGAGGAGAGAGAGAGGGAGGACGGGCGCUCAAAGGGCGAGCGGGGGAGACGGCAGGAGGCGCAGAGACGACCGGAGUCCCAGCGUGGAGAUCGUCUACGAGGGGACCAUCAACGCAUCCAAUGCCACGCAACCCGCCGCACGCAGACGCCGCAGGAAACGACAACGCCAGACACAACACAGCAGCUCUCCGGUCAUCAUCACCCUCGACAGCAACAGCAGCCACGACGACGGCAACAACAACAACAACAACAACGUGGACAGCAGCAGCAGCAGUCCUCUCAGCAGCCAGCAGACGGUCGACUUCUCCGACCUCCCGCCUCUCCCUCUGAUGCAUUCUGCCGGGGUGGGCGGAGCCCUGAAUGCAGAAUUCGGCGAGCUCCCCGCCGACAUACUGGACCAAGGAACUGACGGGUCGGAGACGGAGCCGGCGGGACGGUCCCGAGCUGAGGGUCCCAUCGCCAUCGACCACAGUGACAGCAGCGAGGGGGAGGUGGACGUGGAGAAAGUUGAAGAGAGCGGGUCGGCGCCGGCCUCGGAUGAUGAUAACGGGUUAAAGAGAGAGGCGGGGCCAGCGGGGGGCGACGCUCCCAGAACUCCAGACUUAACUCAGGAAAGAGUCGCUGAAGACUUGCCCUCGGACUCACACCUUCUAGCGACCAUCCUCAACGACCUGAAGGGAAUCGCUUCUGCUAACUUGAAACCAGACAACUCAUCGGACGCCAGGAAGAAAAAGCGUUUGAUGGAUCAAUCGAACCGGGACGUCAAGCCGGCUGAGAGGAAGCGUGCGUUCCCCGAUCUCUCAGAGGAGCGGCCGUCUAACGAGAUCAAAGUGCCGGCGUGCAGUGCCUCGCCGCCUCCUCUCGAGGGGCGGGUCAGAGAGGAGGGCGCGGACAUGCCCCGCCUCCUGAAACAAGUUAGUCCUGUUCUGUCGCACAACAGGAACACGCCGCCGCCUUUAAAACACAAAGACGCUUCGAGUCCGCACCUGCUCCCCGCCGCCCCUGGAGACCCCGCGGGGGGAAAGUCUCAGGCUCCUCCCACCUCCCACAUUAGUUCAGAGCCGCCUCCCACUCAGACCAUCCCGCCCAUUUCAACACUGAAGAGGCGUUUCACGAGCGCUCUCACGGCCUCUACGGGCAGCAACGCAGCACCCGUAGACUUCCCUUUAGCUCCUCCUCCAGGAGGCGGAGCUUUGAACGUUGGUAUCCACUCCACGAGCGACAAACCUCCCGUUGACUCUUCUUCUGCGUCUGGAAGAAGUUCCACAAGUGCUCAUUUUGUACCGCGUUACGACUUUAACUCCGUUUGUCCGUCAAAGUCGCACGCCACCCGUAACGACGUUCCUCUUGGUCGUCGAUCUCCCAUCGACGGGCGUCCCGUGAAUUCUUUUGCUCCCGUUGAUUUGCAUUCGGCUAAAAGUGGCCGGUCCAAAGAGAAGGUCGCUCACACUGACUCCGCCUCCUGUCAGGUAGCGCCCGUUAACCUCCGUCAUGUCGCAGAGGAAACGGCAGCAGGUUGUGGCGUUUUCUCGGGAGGCAACCCAAACGCCACGUCACGCCACAAACACUCGACGCCCGUUGGCGAGAACUCGUCAGACAGAGUGUCACCCUCUGGCGUUAGCGCCGUGCUAACAACAACAACAGGUGCUAGCGGCAGGUCGUCUCCCGUCGACCUUCUCUCUUCCAGCGCAGCUUCCAAAGUGCGUGCGUUGUCAACAGCCAAUCAGGAGGACCGAUUGCCAACCCGUGACUUCAGCCGCCAUGUUGCAUCCGCUAACGAACAUCCGUCUGGCUCGGGCGGAGAACUGAUAGACGGACACUUGAACCGCACGCCGUCAUCCUCCCCCGACUUCACGCCACAACAGAGAAAAAACAGUUCCCUGUCCCGACCGGAUGCCGACCUCCACGCCGACCUCCUCCUCCACCCGGAUUUGAAACCUUCAAACCGCUUCGAUCCAUCCUCGGACCGACGGCUCAACGCCGACGAUCAGAAACCCUCCGCCGACUCUCGUUUGAAGAUGAACUCUCAGCUCGCCGCCGAAGACAAUCGCACCUCGUCCGUUGAAAACCACUGCAACUCAAACUCCUCCCACGGCGCCCAUUCAGACUCUCAGUCGCUCGCCGAUGAACACUCGACCGGCGACUUCUGGAAAACACACACACGCCUAAAAUAAAGACACUGCGAACAUUUUAGAGACUUGAUGGAUAAAUAUAAAAAAGAAAACAGAUUUUUUUUUUACAUUUGUAACGAUUUUGAAUUCAGAUAAAUUGUGUUGAUUUUAAAUGUUUCCUCGCCGUGGCUCAUGGCGUUCUUUCAAACUGUUUGUAAGGAGCGCAGUUGUUAAGUUUUACUGAUGAGAGAUUCACGUUCGUCUUCAUAUUUUUCAUUUAAAAGGUCGUUCUGAUUUUGGGCGCUUCACUCGUGUUUACUUUCAAACGAGGGAUCUGUAACGUAAAUCAAAACGUCUGAGCAGAAAAUAAAAAGAUGAAAUAAUGUGAAUAUGAAGAACUGUCGGCCUCGUGUCCACCUGGCGUUUUUAUUCUGAGCGCCAGCGUCUUCUGUCAAUUGUUCUCAUUGAGUAGAGAGCGCUCUGAGCUACGACGGAGGAUUAGGGCCAUGUUAAAAAAUAUAUAUAUUAUUUUGAGAUUAAAAGUCGUAAAUUUACGAGUUUAAUCUCGAAAUUUAAAAAUAAUUUUUGAACAUGGCCCUAAUCCUCCGCUGUACUCUGCAGAAAGCGGCCGCAAGAAGAAAAAGCUCUGCCUUUUUUCUUCGGUCGCUCUGAACGCGCAAGUUGAAAAUCUUUCAACUUCUCAGAAUGGCGUUGUUGACGUCACCGGCGCUCUUUUCCAAAUGUUUGAUAUUCCUUGUAGUUUAGUCUCGUCCCCUUGUCCUCCUCGCUCCGUCUCUGAUCAGGAAAUAAACGAUCUCAAAUAUAAAACUCGCAGUAAAAAGUAACGGAGCAGAGUCGCUCCUACAGCGAGCGUUAUCAACAGACUGUUGCCAUGGAGACAGGACGGACGAGGACGACUUUUCUGAAAUAACAGCAGGUGAACACGAGGCCUCGUGAGAUGUUGAAUAAUAAUAACUUGAUGAACGUCCGACCUUGAAGAAGAUUAUAAAAUGUUGAUUCCACCGACUUCAAAGAGCCAAAAACAUUAAAGGACUUUUUCCAAAGUGA